UCAACGAGUUUAUCAACUUCUCUGACGACGGUCAUGGGUGAAGAAGAGAGUGGCGGGGCUAUGGGGUCACCACGCAUGCGCCUGGCCAUGCUCAGCCAGGUCAAAGGUUACUUGGAGAACCUUAAGGACUCUAUCGACUCCAUCAGGGAUGAAGUGUUGAACAAGAGUCACCGAGCAGCCCAGGAUGCAGAGUACCCGGCCUACGGAGUGACGGGACCUAACAAGGACCUUUCCCCCUCAGAAGACCGUAAACUGGCCCAGUCCGCACACAUGUACCAUUACCAGCACCAAAAGCAGCAGAUGAUUGCUCUCGAGAAGCCGUCUGGUGGAGAGCGUCACGGGUCGACCUCGGAUGUGGACUCUGAGGAGGAAGGCGAGGAGAACGAGUACACUGUCUACGAGUGUCCCGGCCUCGCUCCGACUGGAGAAAUGGAGGUGAAGAAUCCUCUCUUCGAUGACGACCCUACGCCCACACCCUCACUGAGAAAGGAGACUGAGGAAGCAAAGCAGGAGGAGGGAAAGGAGGAGGAGCAGGAGGAGAGGAAGCAGCAGCAGGAGCAACUAAAGGAGAAAUGAAUACAGAGAUGGAGAGAGGCAGAAGAGUGACAGCUUGGGAAUGGGGCAAGCUGGUCGAAAUAAAAAACAAAAAAAAUAACGUAAUGAAAUGCAUAGAGGAUAGUAGUCACACUGGGAUGAUAAAAGAGAAGCAGUUGAGAGGAAAAAUAAUUUCGAAAUGGUCUUAAAAGAGUCAUUGCAUCACGAUGCAUAAUCUUUAUAUCGAAAAAAAUAAUUAAAAAAAGGGGUCCACUGAGGAAGCAUCACUAAUUGCAGAAUAAUUUAUUAACUUGCAAUAAAUUAAUUUCAAGCAUGAUAGUAGCGUUAUUGAUGACAGAAAUCUUGAGAACAAAGCAAAACAAUGGGAUCGAAUACCACAAAGGGAAUAAAGGGACUGAACCCAAAAAACAAAAGAAACAAGGGGAGAACACAAACAAAGGGAACUGAACACCACAAACAAAAGGAUUCAGGGGACUGAAACACCACAAACAAAGGGAACAAAGGGACUGAAACAUCACAAAGGGAACAAGGGGACUGAACACCACAAAGGAAACAAGGGGACUGAAUACCACAAAGGGAACAAAUGAACUGAACACCAUAAACAAUAGGAAUAAGGGGACUGAAAAUCACAGAGGGAACAAAGGGAAUGAACACCACAAACAAAAGAACAAGGGGACUGAACACCACAAAGAGAAUCAGGGGACUGAACACCACAAAGGGAAGAAGGGGAUUGAACUCUACAAACAGUGGGAACAAGGUGACUGAAUGCCACAAACAAGGGAACAUGGGGACUGAACACCACAAAUCAGGGGAACAUGAGACUGAACACCACAAACCAGGGAAACAUGGGGACUGAACAUCACAAACCAGGGGAACAAAGGGACUGAACGCCGCAAUCCAGGGAAACAUGGGGACUGAACGCCACAAACCAGGGGAACAUGGGGACUGACACCACAAACCAAGAUAACAUGGGGACUGAACACCACAAACCAAGGGAACAUGGGGACUGACACCACAAACCAAGAUAACAUGGGGACUGAACACCACAAACCAAGGGAACAUAGGGACUGAACACUACAAACCAAGGGAACAUGGGGACUGAACACUAUGAACAAGGGUUAUAAAAUAAUUAGACGCAAUAAACAAGGGGGCUGGAUACCCCAUACAAGGGCACCGAAGACACUUGACACCAUAAACAAGGGGGCUGGAUACCACAUACAAGGGUAAUAAGGGAGAAUGGAUUCCACAAACAAGAUGGAAAGGGCUGGACUCCAUAAACAAGGGAAAUAAUAGAAAUAAACACCAAAAACAAGGGGAAACAAGGGAGAUGGAUACUACAAACAAGGGGAAACAACGGAGAGGGACACCACAAACAAGGGGAAACAAAGAAGAUGGGCAACACAGACAAGGGGAAACAGCAAGACUGCCAUAAAACGAAAACGAGCGAAUGUCUUCCCUCAUCAGCCAACAACACUAGAAAACCCAAAACAAGAAAAAUAUCUGACGAAACACUUCGAAAAAAGUGAGAAACAGAUGCAAACAAUUCAUAAUGUACAUACAAAUCACCACUAGCUUAGGUCUAUUAGAAAAUCAUGAAUUACCAGGAAAA